AUGCCGUUCCACAUCCCGGCAGAAGGCGAGGUUGUGAACGGGGAGGGCGAGGGAGCAGCAGCCAGCAAAGUCGCAUUCUUCGGCGCCUGCGCAGCUCAAGCAAGCACACUACAUUGCCGACAAGAAGACCGAGUCGACGGCCGUCACGGCCAACACUGUUGCCCUGCGGCUUACCUCGCAUCCCCGGCCAACCCCAACAUCGUCCUCCACAAGCUUCACGGCUCCCUCCCACAACCCGUGCGUACCGGCACCCUGGCCGCCUAUUCGACUUGCACCGAACCUUGCGUGCUCAUUACCACCGAUAUCGCCUCCCGUGGUCUCGACGUGCCGUCGGUCGAGCUCGUCAUUGAGUACGACCCGGCCUUCAGCGCCGCCGACCAUGUGCACCGUAUCGGUCGUACAGCCCGUGCCGGUCGCCCCGGUAAAGCCGUGCUAUUCCUGCAGCCCGGAUGCGAGGAAGGUUACGUCGACUAUCUCACCACGGCGACAUCUGUUCCCAAAGCGGAAUCGUUCGAGGGCGUCUUGCACCGUGGCCUCGCGACGCACAUGCCAUUUCCCGUCGACACGGACGCCAAGCCAUCACCAGAGGACAGCCGCAGCUUCUCGCAGCGAGCGGAGGCUCUACAGCUACACAUUGAGCAGCGUCUGCUCAUUCCAUCAGGCGCGGCACUGCUCGAGGCGGCUCGCAAGGGCUUCCGUUCGCACGUGCGGGCCUACGCGACACACACCAAGGAGGAGCGGAAGUUCUUUGACAUUACCGAGCUGCACCUCGGACACACAGCCAAGAGUUAUGGACUGCGCGAGGCGCCGCAGGGCGUCGGACGUGGUGGGCACGAUGGCAAGAAGACGGCCAUGAAGGCGGCGGCGUCGAAGAAGAGGAAGCAGGGUGCCGGCGACUCGGCACGGGAGAGUCUGUUCGAUGCCGACACGGACCUGGCCGAGAUGGAGAGGAGGAUGAAGAUGAAGAUGAAGAGCGUCAUGAACAGCGCAAGCGAGUUCAACAUUGGAUAA